GUCCCGACCCACCAGCAUGGCCCACCGUCAGACAUCCCAGGCCGCCCACACCGCCCACACCAUCAACGGCUCCCCCGGCACCAACAGAAACUCCUCCAACACCGCCUGCGUCCAGGGAAGGUUUUCCCGCGUCUGGGAACAGUUCCGGCGAGUUCUGGGUCGGAAACCUCCGGGCGGACCCGCCCACGCGGUGGGGAACCAGUCGUGCAUUCCGCUUACAACACCCGCUGUCCGUGAGAACGGCGCGCCGAACAACCACCUCAACAAUAGUCACCACGGCACGGAUUCCAACCUCCGAGACCACCACAUGGACUCGAACCUGUACCCUAGCGUGUCCUCCGCCCACAACCACGUGACCAAACAUGAGGAGACCUCGUCGGACCACGUGACCGAAGCGACGUCCAACGUUGUCUAGCUUAACAAACAUCGUUUUCCUCUCGUGGACCAGAGAUCUUAUUUCUCCAUAAUAGUAUUGGUCGCUUUUAAGGACAAGCGGGCUAAUCUGGAUUUUGGGAGUUUCCAGAAAUCUUGACCUAAAC